ACCAUAAGGCGUGGUUUUUAUUGGAUGGAGAUGCUCCGUCUGCUCCCGCUGGGAUUCCCACCUGCCCCCAUGCCCACGCCGCUUGAGUGAUCCGUUGGUCGAUCUCCACCACAGAGGCUUGUUUGUGCGUGUUUGCACCGCUCGGUGGAGCCCCGGUUCCGGAUAAACAGCAACCUGGUGCUGGUGCUGCUGGUGGUGGAGAGCCAGUCCUGAGGUCGGGUCCUGUCCCGAGGCGGUUCAGCGAGGAUGGAUCCCACAUCGCGCCGAGCAUCCCCGUGGCUCGCCUUGCUUGUGCUGGCGUGCGUGGGGCUGCAAGUGGACUCCAAGCGGGCCAGGCAGCCUCGGUGUCCCGCGUCGUGCACUUGCACCAAAGACAACGCGCUCUGCGAGAGCGCCGGCCUGAUCCCCCGCACCUUCCCUCCGGAUGUCAUCUCGCUGUCCUUCGUCAAGUCUGAAUUCACAGAGAUCCCCAAGGAGAGCUUCAUCCACACGCCAGCUCUGCACCUCCUCCUUUUCACCGCCAAUAACCUGGAGUCAAUAAACGAGGAUGCUUUCCUGGGUCUUCCUCAUCUGGAGUAUCUGUUCAUCGAAAACAACCAAAUCACUUCCAUAUCGCCGUACGCUUUCCGUGGACUGAAAACAUUAGUGCAUCUGAGUUUGGCUUACAAUAAUCUGGAGACGCUCCCCAAAGAUUUAUUCAAAGGUCUGGAGGCGCUGACAAAAGUAGACUUGCGAGGGAACCAGUUCACUUGUGACUGUAAGCUCAAGUGGCUGGUGGAGUGGAUCUACAGCACCAACGCUACCGUGGAUCAGAUUUACUGCAAGGGCCCGUCGGCGCUGCAGGACAAGAGGAUCAACGACCUGAUACCUCAGGCCUUUGACUGUAUCACCACAGAGUUCGCCUCCUACCAGUCCCUCAAGUUCGAAUCCAUAUCAGUGGAGGCCUUUUCCUUCGGGGAGGACCAGUUUGUGGUGUUUGCUCAGCCCUUCAUUGGCAAAUGUAGCUUCAUGGAGUGGGAUCACGUGGAGAUGGUCUUCAGGAACUUUGACGAUAUUGACAGCACGUCCACGGUGAUCUGCAAGCCUCUGGUGAUUGACAACCAGCUCUUCAUCAUUGUAGCCCAGCUCUUCGGCGGCUCCCACAUCUACAAGCGUGACACGUCGGCCAACAAGUUCAUCAAACUCCAAGGCAUCGACAUCCUGAAAAUCCGCAAGCCCAACGACGUGGAGACGUUCCGCAUCGACGGGGAGUCCUUCUUCGUCAUCGCCGACAGCUCCAAGGCGGGUUCCACCACCAUCUACAAGUGGAACGGCAACGGCUUCUACUCGCACCAGUCGCUCCACCCGUGGUACCGCGACACGGACGUGGAGUACAUGGAGAUCUCGUCCAAGCCUCACCUCAUCCUGUCCAGCAGCUCCCAGAGGCCCGUCAUCUACCAGUGGAACAAAGGAACCAAGCUCUUCGACCGACGCACCGACAUCCCGGAAAUGGAGGACGUCUACGCCGUCAAGCACUUCCAGGUCAAGUCGGAGCUUUACAUCUGCCUGACGCGCUUCAUCGGCGACUCCAAGGUGAUGCGUUGGGACGGUGCUCUCUUUCGGGAACUGCAGACCAUGCCGUCUCGCGGAUCCAUGGUCUUCCAGCCUUUCUCCGUGGGCAGCUGGCAGUACGCCAUCUUGGGAAGCGACUACUCUUUCACGCAGGUGUACCGCUGGGAUGCCAAGAAGGGCGAAUUCGUGCACUUCCAGGAGCUCAACAUCCAGGCGCCGCGGGCCUUUUCGCCCGUUUCCAUCGACAACCGCCAGUUCCUGCUGGCGUCCAGCUUUAAAGGGAAGACGCAGAUUUACGAGCACCUGGUCAUCGAUCUUAGCGUCUGAUCUUAGCGACCGCACCGCAGACGGGAGGCAUGCCUUCUUCUUCUUUUCUCUUUACGUGUACUCUUUUCGAAAGUGCAUUUCAACCGCAUUUCACGGGCAAAAAUAUCGGGACGGGGUGAGGUCAGGGUUCUCAAGUGCUCCUUGAUGGACCUGGAACAUGACCGAUUAACAUGACAUGAUGCCUUCACUGACCCCUUGUAUGAGCUAUAAUUUGGAGAAUGUUGUGGAAAAACAUACCUCUCAUAGGCGUAGGUGUCCCGAUACUUUUGCCCGUAGUAGACAGUGGAACCUCCAAAAUCCGACGUCCCCUGAGGAGAAUGUUCUGGAAAAAUAUAUGUAAAUACUUUUAUCUCUGAUAUCGAGUGUGGAGUGGAACCAUCAAACAGAAAAAAAAGAUGCCUCAUCGAGCAUGGGAAAGAUCAGUUCCACAACUGUUUUGCUUUUUAUUUGGCUUUUUGUGCGUUGCGACACCACCACAGGAGCCUAACAAAGACAUUUAAAAAAAUAACCGUAGAAGUGGAACUGAGACGUAGGACAGGGUCUGGCUGCUCGGUACAAAAUGAAGUAAAAAUAUCCAAUCUGAUAAUAAUCAAAGUACUUUGACCAAGCUAACAAAAAAUAGCACUUGGACCAACUUUUUACGUGUUAAGAAAGGCUAUUAAUCUACUGUCUAAUCUACUAUAAUUAAUUAAUCUACUGUCUGUUAUUGAACCAAUGCAAAUCCUUGUACAUUUUUGACAGUUUCACCUUGGAGUUGAACUUGCGCUUUCAUGUCUUUGGCAGAGUUCGACUCUGAAGUAAAAAUAUCCAAUCUGAUAAUAAUCAAAGUACUUUGACCAAGCUAACAAAACAUAGCACUUGGACCAACUUUUUACAUGUAAAGAAAGGCUAUUAAUCUACUGUCUAAUCUACUAUAAUUAAUUAACCAAUGCAAAUCCUUGAACAUUUUUGACAGUUUCACCUUGGAGUUGAACUUGUGUUUUCAUGUCUUUGGCAGAGUUCGACUCUGAAGUAAAAAUAUCCAAUCCGAUAAUAAUCAAAGUACUUUGACCAAGCUAACAAAAAAUAGCACUUGGACCAACUUUUUACGUGUAAAGAAAGGCUAUUAAUCUACUGUCUAAUCUACUAUAAUUAAUUAACCAAUGCAAAUCCUUGAACAUUUUUGACAGUUUCACCUUGUAGUUGAACUUGUGCUUUCAUGUCUUUGGCAGAGUUUGACUCUGAAGUAAAAAUAUCCAAUCCGAUAAUAAUCAAAGUACUUUCACAAAGCUAACAAAAAAUAGCACUUGGACCAACUUUUUACGUGUAAAGAAAGGCUAUUAAUCUACUGUCUGAUCUACUAUUAUUAAUUAACCAAUGCAAAUCCUUGAACAUUUUUGACAGUUUCACCUUGGAGUUGAACUUGCGCUUUCAUGUCUUUGGCAGAGUUCGACUCUGAAGUAAAAAUAUCCAAUCUGAUAAUAAUCAAAGUACUUUGACCAAGCUAACAAAACAUAGCACUUGGACCAACUUUUUACAUGUAAAGAAAGGCUAUUAAUCUACUGUCUAAUCUACUAUAAUUAAUUAACCAAUGCAAAUCCUUCAACAUUUUUGACAGUUUCACCUUGGAGUUGAACUUGUGUUUUCAUGUCUUUGGCAGAGUUCGCCUCUGAAGUAAAAAUAUCCAAUCCGAUAAUAAUCAAAGUACUUUCACAAAGCUAACAAAAAAUAGCACUUGGACCAACUUUUUACGUGUCAAGAAAGGCUAUCAAUCUACUAUAAUUAAUUAAUCUACUGUCUCGUUAAUGAAUCAAUGCAAAUCCUUGUACAUUUUUGACAGUUUCACCUUGGAGUUGAACUUGUUCUUUCAUGUCUUUGGCAGAGUUCGCCUCUGAAGUAAAAAUAUCCAAUCCAAGUACUUUGACCAAGCUAACAAAAAAUAGCACUUGGCUAAUGACGAGCUUGAACAAACUUUUUACGUGUAUUUUACCAAGUAACAUGUUACUUAAACAGCACUUACAAUGUACAAAUCAGUACUAUUCAAGUACUGUGGCGGACACAGCUUGACCCCGGAACAGACUAAUUGAUGUAACUUGAUGAACUUUUGGAGGCUCCAGCGUGAUGCAUGCAUCUCAUCCCUUCGUCAUGUCACGUAUAUUAUCUAAAGGUCGCCAAACUUUGAGAAACUCAGUCUGCCAAAAAAAAGAGAAAUGUUUACAUUUUUUUCUGCCAAAAUAAUUUGUAAAAAAAAACAAAACAACAACACUGAAGCUUUUGUACGUAACAGCAGUCGGGUAUCGAACUCCUGGUGAAUGUUUGUAUCAGGUGUUUUCCAGCAGCAUGUUGAUUCUAUUUUAGAACGAGUCAUUUUUGUCAAGAGAACGUUCAUUUUUUUUCGUCAACGAAUUGACGCUUGCCUCGUUACAGUCGAUAAUCAAUUAGUUGAAUUGUAAAAGCCAUAAAUGACUUUGUCAAAACCUCAACCUUUAGUCUCACACAACAAGGGUGUCCAAAGUCCGGCCCGGGGGCCCCAUAGCGGUUGUUGUUUACGGAUUGUGGAAUAUUUGAAAAAUUUAAAUAAAUAUAAGAUAUCGCUUUUAUACUAAGAAUAUUCAAAUGAUGCCCGCCUCGGGGUGUCUCGGCAUGUGAGUCUGCCCUGAUACAAAGCCUUUUUUCUUUAAACAUAUCCAUGCAUCAUAUUGUUGAUAUCAUUAAACAUAUCCAUAUGCAUGUUAUGCAUAGCCACACUAAAAUGAGAAAACAAAUAUAUACUAUUAUACAAAGGUUUUAAUUUUAUGAGAAUAAAUAAAUGACAAGCUAUUAUAAGUUUUAUUACAAUAUAUUAAAAAUUAUAUUUAUAAAAUAUGAACAUAAAAAAUAAUUAUAAUUAUUUAUAUUAAAUAUAAAUAUAUUAAAUAAUAUUAAAUAUAAUAAUUAUAAUAUAUUAAAUAUAAAAUUAUUCAAAUUAGUUUUUCCCUCCAAAGUUUUUUUUUAAAUACGACAAAUACAAAUUUACAUUUCUGUUUUAAAUAAAAUAAAAAAAAUUUUUUAAUAAAAAUAGGAAUUUAUUCUCGUUUUCAGGGUUCACCACAGCAAGUCAUAUAUUUGAAGUAUUUCAAAUACAUAAGUGUUUACAAGAUAUAAAGUCAUGCAGAAAAAUAUAUAUUUUCAGGUAGAAAGCUGUAUUUUUGGGGUGGGGUGGGGUGAAAAGAUCCUAUUUUUUUUCCACAAGAGGCAUAUUUUAAAAAACUGAUAUUUUAAUCACACUUUGCAGGAAAAAGAAAAAAACAAAAUGUUAUGUUGGGAUUUUUUUUUACAUCAUUUUCUGGUUAAAUUCAUAACUUAAUUCAAUAAAAAAUUGUGGCCCUGAGACUCUUUUCUACAAAGCCACCCCGACCUUGAGUUUUUUCGGCAUGCAGGCCGUACUUUGGACACCCUUGAGGAAGAAUAAAUGUAUUUUCAAAUGUAAUGAGUAGUUGUGAGAGUGUCACGAUUAGGAUGAAGUUGACUGACAUUUUGCUCUUCCAAUAAAAGCUUUUCACAUGUGA